UCAGCUACAAGCAUGGCACCAGGAAUUGCUGGAAGCGGGUUAGGACGUCCUCAUCCAUCGCCAUGUCUUGUCCACUUUGAACGCUUGAUAUCAAAGGACUCAGUUUCGUCAUUUGUUGUUGUUGGAAAUGAAUCAGCCGAAAAGGUAACCUUGGAUGGUCCUACUCAUAAUGAUAAUAUAAUACCGCCACCAUUACCAGAAAUUCCAAAUGAAAUGGAUGGUGUAAUUGAUAGUGGAAUGAUGAUUAAAGUACCUUUAAUAAAAUUGGCAUGGGGAAGAAGUGGGGAUAAAGGCGAUGUUUGUAAUAUUGGAAUCUUGGCACGUGAACCCAAAUAUUAUCCAUUGUUGAAAAAGUCAUUGACUGAGGAGGCAGUCAAAGACUACAUGAUCCAUUUAUGUAGAGGGAUAGUUAAGAGAUACGAAUUACCUGGUUGUAAUGGAUUGAAUUUUGUGUUGACUAGAUGUCUAG